AAACUGCUGGCACCUAGUGGAUAUGCCUGGCCCCAGCUCACUUGUUAGGUCCUGAUGGACAGGACAGGCCUGCCCCUGGGCAAAGUGCCACCUGCUAAGGGAUAAAAGCCUGGUGUCAGCCUAGGUGGCUUCUGAGACUGCCAUCAUGAAGGGAAGCAGCACCCUCCUGCUCGUGGUCCUCACUGUGCUCUGUACUUGUGGAAGGGCCAGAGGGGAGGACAACAGUGAAUUCUUCAUGGAGUUCCUGCAAGUGCUGCUGGUUGGAAGCCCAGAGGAGCUCUAUGAGGGGCCUCUGGGCAAGUACAAUGUCAACCAGGAUGCCAAGGAGGCCCUGACAGAGCUCAAAUCCUGCAUUGAUGGUCUGCAGCCCAUUCACAAGGCGGAGCUGGUCAAGUUGCUGGUACUGGGACUGGGGAACCCCUUCCCUCAAACCUAAAGUCCUUUCAAGAUCUGCCCAACACCUAGGCCCUGGUCAUCUAUCCAAGGCAGCACCCUGAAGCCUAUCCUUUACAGAUACCGAGGUCUGAAGUGGAUACCUCCAACCUCUGUAUCCACAAAGAAACUUAGCCCCCUCAACAUGUUCCCUGCUCUGUUGCUAGU